AAAGAAAAGUUCUUGUGUUAUUUCAAAGAAACAAGAUGAGUGGAAUCACAGUUUACAGAAAAGUGUACACGGAGGACCAGUUCAAGCAAGCCUAUGGGACUUUGCAACAAAAAGCCAGUAUAUCUGAAACACUGAAGAAAAAACUUCAGACAGGUUGUUGCUCCUCCAAGGACUUGCUGCUAAAGGUUGUGAAGAAAAGAGUACCUCUCUUCACUUGGCUGCCUAAGUAUAAACUAAGAAAAUGGUUGCUAGGAGAUGUGAUAGCUGGCGUAACAGUCGGUGUUCUUCAUAUUCCACAAGGGAUGGCAUUUGCACUUCUUACUUCAGUAGCACCAAUCUAUGGUCUCUAUACAUCAUUCUUCCCUGUAAUUUUGUACAUGUUGUUUGGUACUGGACGUCAUGUUUCUACAGGUACCUUUGCUGUUGUUAGUUUGAUGACCGGCUCAAUAGUUGAGCGCCUUGUUCCACAUCCUGUGGACCUAAACUUGACUGUUUCUGAACAAGAUAUUAUCGAGCAGCAGCGGAUUGGAAUCGCAGCAGCUGCUGCUUUCCUCAUGGGUCUCUUAAUGGUCUGCAUGUUCACCUUGCAGUUGGGCUUUCUGGCCACGUACCUGUCUGACCCCAUUGUGAAGGCCUUUACCAAUGGUGCUGCUUUCCAUGUAACUGUUUCACAGAUUCAGAACAUGCUUGGUCUGAAGAUCCCUCGUUUCACUGGUCCUUUCACCUUAUUUAAGACACUAGCAGCUGUUUUUGAAGGCUUACCUCUGACAAAUGUGGCAGAACUUGCGAUUUCCUUUGCCUGUCUAACAGUGCUUAUUCCCAUGAAGGAAAUCAACACCCGUUUCAAACACAAAUUGCGGACUCCUCUGCCUGUGGAAAUUCUAAUGGUUAUAGCUGCUACAGGCAUCACCUUUGCCUCUUCACUGGAAACUCAGUAUGCUGUCGAGAUAGUUGGACGAAUCCCUGCAGGGUUUCCUUCACCCAAGCUUCCAGCACUAGAAUCCAUCCCUAGUCUAGUUGGAGACACAAUAGCAGUGACAUUCGUUGGGUAUGCAGUUUCUGUGUCACUGGCUAUGAUCUAUGCAGAGAAGCAUCGGUACACUAUUGACCCAAAUCAGGAGCUGCUGGCCCAUGGGAUUUCCAAUACUGUCUCUUCCUUCUUCAACUGCUUCCCUAGUUCUGCAGCAAUGGCUACAACCAACAUCUUGGACAGUGCGGGGGGCUACACUCAGCUUUCAGGUUUGUUCACCAGCCUCGUUGUAUUAAUAGUCCUUCUUGCUAUUGGGCCACUGUUUUACUACUUGCCAAAGGCAGUUUUAGCUUGCAUCAAUGUCACAAGUCUAAGGCAAAUGUUUAUCCAAUUCCAAGACUUGCCUGAGCUGUGGAGAGUAAGCAAGACCGACUUUAUGGUAUGGCUGGUAACAUGGCUUGCAGUAGUCACUCUGAACGUUGAUCUGGGACUUGCUGUUGGUGUAAUCUUCUCCAUGAUGACAGUUAUCUUCAGAACACAAAGGGCUGGGUGCUCAGUAUUGGGAAGAGCUUCUAACACAGAAAUCUACAGACCUGUUGACACAAACACUAAGUGUUAUGAAAUUGCUGGAGUCAAGAUAUUGGCCUAUAAUGCACCAAUUUACUAUGGUAACAGGAACUUUUUUCGAGAUGCUAUGUCCGGUUUAGUUGGGAUAACUCAAGAAAAGAUAAAGAAGAGGGAAAAGGCUCUAAAAGCUGCAAGGAAAAUAAGCAUUGAAACAACGGAGAAUGGAAUAGCCAAUCUUGCUUAUCUCUCUGACAACGAUAUGUAUACACCAGAUAUUGAUGGUGAAGAAAUCCAAUGCCUCAUAAUCGACUGCAGUAGCGUCAUUUUCAUUGAUGCAGCAGGAGCCAGGCUUUUCAUUCAGAUGUGCAUAGAGUGCCAUAAGUGUGGAAUAUGUGUAUACCUAGCACAUUGUAACAAUAACAUCAUGAGAACUUUGACAAGCAGUGGCAUUAUGAAUCACUUGAGUCCUGAACAGAUUUUUGUGACGGUACACGAUGCAGUAGUCCAUAUACAACAAAAUAAGGAGACCUCAGCACAGAAGUCAGCAACAGUCUGGGUAUGAGGGUCUCAUUACAGCUAAUGAAGGCGUUAAAAUGCUGGAGCUGGGAUAUGAAAAUUAUGUGCGUUUAUUCCACAGACACUAAGAAUGAUGCACGAUCAGAACAGGAAUAAAUGCAUCCACCUCAUCUUCUCUGGUCCAGCUUUACAAAGUAGUUUCUCACAGUGAAGUCUCCCUGAAAUUUACAGACUGAAAGAUGUUUCUGGAUGACAUGGGAGACAUUGCUGGCACACUAUCUCCUGCAUACAGAGAUCUUUCAUGCUUAGUAUAAUUGUCCAGGCUGGCCUGAGAAGCUUGACAGUUAAUACAUACAUCUUCUCCAUGUGCACUUAUCAAAAGCUACAAAACACUACACAACCAUGUUCAACAUAUAAAAUCAGAAUUCUGGCAAGCGACAAUGGACAUGUCCUAAAAUAACCUAUCUGGAUCUGAAAUGCUGAACCAAGGGCAUCUGUGUAACAUUAUAAAGCAUCUUAAAAGUUCAAAAUGAUAAAUACAUAAGAACUUUACAAAUAAUUUAAUACAUAAUGCAUAGAUCAUUAAAAAGUCUGGACUGUUUCUUAAGAACAAAUAUCAUUUGGGUUUAUAACUGGAACUGGUUUUAUGCAGAUCCAAACAUGGCUGAGCCAGUGUUACCAUAUGAAAUAGCAAUAAUUCCAUGAUCAGGUACUGUAUAUAAAGGAGUAACAUUUCAAACUAAAAAACAGUUUCAAACAUGUGACAACAGGAGCAGAAAGGUGAUAUUGCCUCAAGCAACAAAACUUCAUGGGUUGCCCAAAGACCAAGUCACUAGUCAACAAGACAAGCAACCAGACAGAAUAUAGCCAAAACAUGUACACCUGCUUUUUGGUAAGAUUUACCAGAUAUGUAAUCUGGAAUGUAUUAUACAUAUUGCCCAUCAAGGUUGUGCUCGGAGGUCCAUAGUCCAGAAACUGACACUAACAGGUUGAUGAAAUUAUAUGUUACAGCUAAUAAUAUUCUGAGUCCUACUUACAAUGUUAAUCACUUCAGGACUGUUGUCAAGUCUUACCUCCCCCCUCGUCAUUGCACUGUCUGGCACCAUUCUACUCCAUAUUCACCAUGUUCUGUAUGAUGUUAAGUAAAAUUUUUAAUCUUAACUAGCUUUGGGCACUAUAAGUUUCAUCAGCAACUGACAAAGAUUUGGCAUCAUGGAUAGGGAGAUGUUUAUGCACAUUUUGACAAAAUUCAGCCUAAAAGACUGAAAUCUAUACACAACACAUUUCAGCUACACAGUAUACUACCUCAGGGUAUGUGACAAAUAUGCAGUAACAACUGGGCAAGCUCCAAUAAAAAAUGUAACCCAUUAGGUCAUACACAUUACAUAAGAUUUAUUACCUAAUAUUGCACAGCAUUACAUUGCUUUGCUUAGUUUGAAGGCAGAAAAAGACAAACUUCCCUUGACGUUGCCCUUUUUGUGUAGUUACUUUUCAGUUGCCCCUUCCCAUUCCCCACCUUUUAGUCCAUGAUCUACUCUUGGCCUUCUUGGAAGAUUCUGUGGUCUCAUAGUCCCCUACACAUGACUGUCUUGCUCCAUGUAGUCACUAUUCUCAUUCCAUGAUAAAAAGGGGUCUAUAUUAGAUCACCGAAGCGAACGGUGAUUAAUCAACCUCAUGUAUGCGAAAGCUUACAAAAUCGAACUGUCAGAACAGCAAUUUUUUCCAAGGGAAAAAAAUCGCUGUUCCAACAAAAAAAAAAAGUAAGCACAUUAAAACAUGUGAUUAAGUGGGGGGUUUCGCCCCCACACCCCCCUACUUAAAUAUACCAACUCCGAGACUGCACUACAAUGCCGAAAACGGCAAAGUA